AUGUUUGUCUUAUUUUAUAUUUUAUUUCCUUUUACGGAUUUCAUUUCUUAUCAUCAUCUUUCUUUCUUUCUUUCUUUCUUUCUUUCUUUCUUUCUUUCUUUCUUUCUUUCUCGAAUUACUUAUUUUAUUUCUACUUCCAUUUUCUUUUACUUUCUUUCUUCAAAGGAUUUCUUUUUUUCCUCUUUUUCUUCUCAUAAUUCUUUCUUUAUUUCCAGGUUUUAUUCUUUUCCUUUUUUCUUUUUUACCAGAAUUCUUUUUUUUUUCCUGAGGAUACAUUCUUUCUUUCUUUCUUUCUUUCUUUCUUUCUUUCUUUCUUUCUUUCUUUCUAAGUUCUUUUUUCUUUCUUUCUUUCUUUCUUUCUUUCUUUCUUUCUUUCUUUCUUUCUUUGUAGGCUUACUUUUACUUUUUAGGAUUCGCUUUUCCGUUUUGCUUCCUGAAAUUUUUACUUUUCUUUCUUUUCAAACUUCUUUCUUUCUUUUAAUUGUGAAUCAUAUGCACUUCGUGUUUUCUCGACUGGACAUCAGAUCAGCAUGUAACUCAACGCUGCAGGCAUUGCUAUUUUUUUUUACUUUUUUUCCGUUUCUUCAACGUUCAAUAAUCGAUUUUCUUUCUUUCCUUUCUUUCUUUCUUUCGUUCCUUCUUUCUCUCUUUCUUUCUUUUUUCAAAAAACGGUAUUCUCUCUCUCUCUCUCUCUCUCUCUCUCUCUCUCUCUCUGUGUGUGUCUUUUGCUCUAGCCCUUUCUCUCUUCUAUGUUUUAAAUGUUGGCCAAUUUUCACACAGUUUAGAUCUAUCUGUCUAUCUAUCUAUCUAUCUAUCUAUCUAUCUAUCUAUCUAUCUAUCUAUCUCUCUCUCUCUCUCUAUAUAUAUAUAUAUCUGUUCAUAUCUAUCUAUCUAUCUAUCUCAGUAAUCUGUUCAUAUCUAUCAAUCUUAGUUGUUCAUUAUCUAUCUAUCUAUCUAUCUAUCUAUCUAUCUAUCUAUCUAUCUAUCUCAGAAAUCUAUUCAUAUCUAUCCAUCAAUCUAUCUAAUAAUCUGUUAAUAUCUAUCAAUCUCAUUUGUUCAUUAUCUAUCUAUCUAUCUAUCUAUCUAUCUAUCUAUCUAUAUAUAUAUAUAUAUAUAUAUAUAUAUAUAAAUCUGAUCAUAUCUAUCUAUCUAUCUAUCUAUCUAUCUAUCUAUCUAUCUCAGUAA